AUGAGGAGAAUGACGGGCUGUAUCAAUGAUGCCGUUGGAUUUGGACUUCAUAGGCAUCAGGCUCGCAAGGCAGACAGAGGAUGGCAUGCAUGCAUUCUAGAGACUCAGCAAGCUCGUCCAGUGGUCGCAAUCACGGCUCAGAAUCAUGAUAAUGACAUUGAUGCUGGCUAUACCAUGGAAAAUGACAGCUGCACAGGGCAUAUAGACCCGCGGAAGCAUUCUUAUCUCGAUCCAACGAGUAUCUAG